CUUGAGCAUCGCAUAGUAAUAUCUCCACGUUGGGAACGCGUUGCAUUUUCUUUUUUUAAAGGAAUCCCAGCCAGGGACGUUUUUCUAUUGGGCAUUGACUUUCGAUUGCUUUGCAAAAGUUUCGCAUUAAAAAAGAAAAACAAAAAACAAAAAAAACAAACUUUACCUGACCCGCUUUGAGAAUUACUGUUUUCUUUAUAUAUAUAUUUUUUCUUACUUUAAACAACAACACCAGCGACGAUUCCACCUUUUAGAAACAUGCACUACUGUGUGCUGAGAACCUUUUUGCUCCUGCAUCUGGUCCCGGUGGCGCUCAGCCUGUCUACCUGCAGCACCCUCGACAUGGACCAGUUUAUGCGCAAGAGGAUCGAAGCCAUCCGCGGGCAGAUCCUGAGUAAGCUGAAGCUCACCAGCCCCCCGGAAGACUACCCUGAGCCGGACGAGGUCCCCCCGGAGGUGAUUUCCAUAUACAACAGUACCAGGGACUUACUGCAGGAAAAGGCAAGCCGGAGGGCAGCUGCCUGCGAGCGAGAGCGGAGCGAUGAAGAGUACUACGCUAAGGAGGUUUAUAAAAUCGACAUGCCGUCUCACUUCCCCUCCGAAACUGUCUGCCCAGUUGUUACAACACCCUCUGGCUCAGUGGGCAGCUUUUGCUCCAGACAGUCCCAGGUGCUCUGUGGGUACCUUGAUGCCAUCCCGCCCACUUUCUACAGACCCUACUUCAGAAUUGUCCGCUUCGAUGUCUCAACGAUGGAGAAGAAUGCUUCUAAUCUAGUGAAGGCAGAGUUUAGAGUCUUUCGUUUGCAGAACCCCAAAGCCAGGGUGGCUGAGCAGCGGAUCGAACUGUACCAGAUCCUCAAAUCAAAAGACUUAACGUCUCCAACCCAGCGCUACAUUGAUAGCAAGGUUGUGAAAACGAGAGCCGAGGGCGAAUGGCUUUCCUUCGACGUGACGGACGCCGUGCACGAGUGGCUCCACCACAAAGACAGGAACCUGGGAUUUAAGAUAAGUCUCCACUGCCCCUGCUGCACCUUCGUGCCCUCUAACAAUUACAUCAUCCCGAAUAAGAGUGAAGAGCUCGAAGCCAGAUUUGCAGGUAUUGAUAGCACCUCCACAUAUACCAGUGGCGAUCAGAAAGCUAUAAAGUCCAUGAGGAAAAAAAACAGUGGGAAGACCCCUCAUCUCCUGCUAAUGCUGUUGCCCUCCUACAGACUGGAGUCACAACAGUCCAACCGGCGGAAGAAGCGCGCCUUGGAUGCUGCCUAUUGCUUCAGAAAUGUGCAGGAUAAUUGCUGCCUCCGCCCUCUUUACAUUGAUUUCAAGAGGGAUCUUGGGUGGAAAUGGAUCCAUGAACCCAAAGGGUACAACGCCAACUUCUGUGCUGGGGCAUGCCCCUAUCUAUGGAGUUCAGACACUCAGCACACCAAGGUCCUCAGUUUGUACAAUACCAUAAAUCCUGAGGCUUCUGCUUCCCCUUGCUGUGUGUCCCAAGAUCUGGAGCCACUCACCAUCCUCUACUACAUUGGCAACACACCCAAGAUCGAACAACUUUCCAACAUGAUCGUCAAGUCUUGUAAAUGCAGCUAAGGUCCUCAGCAAGGCCACGGCACGAAAAUCACGGUGACAAUGACACACAACAGUGAAUGACGACGAUGAUGUUUGUGACACGAGAGAAUUUUGAUUCAUCAGUGUUUAGAAAAAUUGGAGAAAAAGCGGUACUAGUUGAAACAUUUUGCGAGCUUGUGUUCUGUUUGUUAAAACUGGCAUGCGAGAUUACAGCAACAACAACAAGGACAAAAGAAAACAUGCAAGGCUUUAGUCUGUAUUUCACCUACUUUGUGAGAGACACAAAAAGAAAACGUCUUUUUUUUUUUAAAGAAAAAAAUAAACACUGGAAGAAUUUGUUAGUGUUAAUUAUGUGAAAGAAAAAAAAAAAAACGAAACAAAACAGGAAAAUCCAUUCAGUGGAGUUGAACGUGUUGUUUCCACCCCUCACCUCACCCUGCUUCUUUCUCCCGGUUCCUCUGUAUUGCUCUGCAGUGCACACUUUCCCUGUCCCUUCCUCUGAGCUGUCAGUGGGUUAUUUAUUGUGUGUUACUAUAUAAUGAACUUUUCACUGCCCUUGGAAAACAAAACAGGUGUAUAAAGUGGAGACCAAAUACUUGGCCACAAACUCAUGGAUGGCUCAAGGAAUUUGAACUCAAAUGAGUUGCAAAAACAGAAGGUCAUACAGGGACGAAGCCCCCCGUGGGUCCUUAUAUGACCAAGCAAGUCUGCAAAAGGAUAGAAGCCCCAAGAAGACACACUGUGCACCAACUGCUUGCAGAAGCUUCCUGGACAGCCAUACACUGAGAUGGCCUGUUAACAAAGAAAACUUGGGGUCAGUGGGAAUCUGGAAGAUUGCUCUUUUUUUUUUUUUUUCAUUUCGUUUAAUUGUAAAUGGUUCUUUGCCAGUUUAAGCAAGCCAGUGAAAUGUUGACCUGUUUUGACGUGUAUUGUCAGACUUUGGACCGUGAAGUGUCUGGAGAGCUCUGAUACAGGUUUUUUCCUUUGUCUUGGUAUAUGUAAUCACACUGAUACUAUUAAAAUAGAUGGGUCUAGAAGCCAGCAUAAUUAAAAACACAUCUGCAGAUCUGUUUUUACAAACUAUUAAAUCAAAACAUUAACUACUUUAUGUGUAUUAUGUAGAUCCAUACCAUAUUUUUGAUAUUCUGUAAUAAUGAUUAUGAUUGAACUUAAAUUUGACUCUCUUUUUUAAUGAUCAUUCAAGAUUGUAUGUUCAUUUCCUUUAGCUGGCCAGUACCUUUGAAUAAAGCCCCUAGAUUUUGA